AGUUGUUUCAUUGACUAGAUCAGUAUCCAUUGUUACCGUUUGCCGUGAUAACCAAUUGAGAGAAAGCGGUGUCAAAAAAAUAGCUUCGAAAUCGCAGUAAUAACCAUCUGGAAAAGUGAUAUAAAGUAAUCAGAAGAAAUAAAGUAUAAUGGAAGAACUCGGUAUUUAUCCAAGUGCAGCACCUUCACAGACUGCAGCAUUGAAUGCCAAAUCCAAAGCUGCUUCUCUUUUCAAUAAUUCUGAAGAACAAUCAGAUGUAUAUUUGAAAUUAAAGAAGUUGGAAAAAGAAUUGGAUCUUUUAUUAUUACAAGAAGAUUAUAUUAAAGAUGAACAACGUCAUUUAAAGAGAGAAUUAGUAAGAGCACAGGAAGAAGUUAAGAGAAUUAAAUCGGUGCCUUUGGUUAUAGGCCAGUUUUUGGAGCCAAUUGAUGAAAAUACUGGGAUUGUAUCCUCAACCACUGGUUCUAAUUAUGUUGUAAGAAUUUUAUCUACUUUAGAUAGGGAACUCUUAAAACCUUCUUCAUCAGUCGCAUUACAUCGUCAUUCAAAUGCUUUGGUUGAUAUAUUACCUCCUGAAGCUGAUUCAUCUAUCUCGAUUGUUGGUGAUGAUCAAAAACCUGAUGUUACUUACGCUGACGUUGGUGGGUUAGAUAUGCAAAAACAAGAAAUUAGAGAAGCAGUAGAGUUACCUUUAACUCAAGGUGAUUUAUAUUCACAAAUUGGUAUCGACCCCCCUCGUGGUGUCCUUCUCUAUGGUCCUCCAGGUACCGGUAAAACUAUGUUGGUUAAAGCAGUUGCAAACUCUUCAACCGCAUCUUUUAUAAGAAUUAAUGGGUCAGAAUUCGUUCAAAAAUAUUUGGGUGAAGGUCCAAGAAUGGUGAGAGAUGUUUUCAGAUUAGCAAGAGAAAAUUCUCCUUCCAUUAUUUUCAUUGAUGAAAUUGAUGCUAUUGCUACAAAAAGAUUUGACGCUCAAACUGGGGCUGAUAGAGAAGUUCAAAGAAUUUUAUUGGAAUUAUUGAAUCAAAUGGAUGGGUUUGAUCAAUCUUCUACUGUCAAAGUCAUCAUGGCUACUAAUAGAGCUGAUACUUUGGAUCCAGCAUUGUUAAGACCAGGUAGAUUGGAUAGAAAAAUUGAAUUUCCUUCAUUAAAAGACAGAAGAGAAAGAAGAUUAAUUUUUUCUACAAUUGCUUCUAAUAUGGCUUUAGCUCCUGAAGCCGAUUUAGAUUCUUUGAUUACUAGAAAUGAUCCAUUAUCCGGGGCCAUUAUAGCUGCUAUUAUGCAAGAAGCCGGUUUGAGAGCUAUAAGAAAGAAUAGAUACAUGAUUUUACAAAGUGAUUUAGAAGAAGCAUAUACCUCUCAAGUUAAGUCCGGUACUGAGCAUGAUAAAUUCGAUUUCUAUAAGUAAUUUCUUGAAUUGUACAAUAUAACCAG